AUGGCUUCGGGAUAUGACAGAGCUCUUUCCGUCUUCAGCCCCGAUGGACAUGUUUUCCAAGUCGAAUACGCUCUGGAAGCUGUGAAAAGAGGUACAUGUGCAGUUGGCGUGAAAGGAAAGGACAUUGUGGUGCUCGGAUGUGAAAAGCGAUCAGCGAUGAAGCUCCAAGAUACGCGCAUUACGCCCUCGAAGCUUGGUCUCGUUGAUACCCAUGUGUGCCUCGCCUUUGCUGGGCUCAACGCCGAUGCGCGAAUCUUAGUCGACAAGGCCAGAUUAGAAGCACAAUCCCACCGUCUGACUGUGGAAGAUCCCGUCACGAUAGAAUACAUCACGAAAUAUGUUGCGGGUGUUCAGCAAAGAUAUACGCAGAGUGGUGGUGUUAGACCAUUUGGGAUCAGCACGUUGAUCGUUGGAUUUGACCCUAAUGAUAAGACCCCGAGAUUGUACCAGACUGAGCCAUCAGGAAUCUACUCUGCAUGGAAAGCGAAUGCUAUCGGCCGAUCAAGCAAGACUGUUCGCGAAUUCCUCGAGCGAAACCAUAAGGACGAUAUGGAUAGAGAGACAACCAUCAAAUUAACGAUCAAAUCAUUACUGGAAGUCGUGCAAACUGGAGCAAAGAACAUUGAGAUCGCCAUCAUGGCCCCAGGGAAGACCGUCGAGAUGCUACCAGUGGAGGAUAUUGAAGCGUACGUGAAGAACAUUGAAGAGGAGAAGGUGGAGGAGGCUGCGAAGAAGAAGACUGGACGAACACCUGGUACCGGCACCGCAGCGAUCUUGUCAAGAGGCUCUGGUGACUGA